AUGUAUUCUUUAAUGUUUAUCUAUUUUUUUUCAAUUAUAUCAGUAAUUAUUUGUACAAGAUCUCGUACAAAUGUGAUGAGAUUAGCAACAUGGAAUAUUGGGCUAGAAGAACAACUAGCAUAUGAACGAACACCAUCAAUUAUCAAAGCUAUUCGUGAGAAAAAUAUUGAUAUUCUUUGUUUACAAGAAGUAUGGGGUGGCCCACAAAUUUUACGUGAAAUUUAUCAAAAUGUCAAAGAUAUUUAUCCUCAUUUUGAAGUCGUAAAUGAUAAUAUGCGUGAUUAUAUUAGUCGUACUCAAUUACCAACACAAAUAUAUAGUCCUGCUUGUUUAGCUUCGCAAAUAACAAGAACACAAAUUUGUCUUGCUACAUAUUGUUCUGAUGUUAAUGAUGAAGCACAACUUGUAUGUGCUGUGACUAAAUGUUCGACACAAAUUCUAGCUCUUUUUUUGAAUCGAAAAUGUUGGGCAUGUAUUUUUGAUCGAUUUGUUAGUCGUCGGGAUCCAUUAGGUAUGAAUUAUUGUGGUGCAGUUAAUUUACCUCAAUUAAUAAGUACUUCAUCAAGUAUUAGUCCUAAUUCUACGGAAGCUCCUUGGGAUCAUACAAUUGGUCUAAUGAUAUUAGCAAAAUCACAAUAUCCAUUGAAGAAAUUAGCUGCUAAUUUAUAUUCAGAAUUUUAUAUGGCACCUCGUGGUUAUAUAAUUGUUAGUCAAGAAAAUAAACAGUUAAUUAUUGCCAAUAUACAUGCCGCUACAGUUGACAUAUCUUUUCCUCAUGCGCCUAUUGGAACAUUUUUAAAUAAUAAAUAUGGUAGUUGGAGCGACGAAAAUAAAGCUCAAAUAAUCGAACUUGAAUCUCUAGUUUGGAACUUUUUACGUAAUAAUAAACAAAAAUAUAAAAAUGCUAUUAUGGCAGGUGAUUUUAAUACGGGUAUUGCUAAUUUUGAACAUAAUGUAUUAGCAACUCAACCUGAUAGUUGGAAUUAUAUACAUCGAUUACAUGAUACUGAUGGAUCAACAAGAUGGUAUGAUGAUUAUUCAGAAAUGCAUAGUCUUUGUACAGGAUGUGCGGGUAAUCUUGUUUUUGAAUAUACUAAUAACUAUAUUUAUGAUCAUAUAUUUACAUAUGGAGAUCUGUUUGACUCAUCUAAAUUAUUUACACGACGCAUCUUUGAUGAUCGGAUAAAAAUUAAUUCUACAAAUGGAAUGGUAAUAACAAAUCUUUCAGAUCAUUGUGGUAUUGAACUGAUUACUAUGUGUUAA